UAAUCCAUUUUUACGCAACCGAGAGUUGAAAGAAAAAGAAAAAGAAAGAGAAAGAAGAAGAAGAAGAAGAGAGAUGGCUUCAGUCAUUGACUUGUCGAGGAUUCCUUACAUCCCUGGGAGGCUCCACGCGACCAACAAUCAGUUCCAGAGAUACGGUCCAAAGGGUUUCAUGGAAAUCAAAGUCCUUCACAACGACAACCUCUACGUCCGCGUCGACUUGCCCGGCGUUCCAGACGACGCUAUCCGCUACAGAGUCGACGCCGUGAGACAAAAGGUUGUCUUUUUCUCCGGCGAAGAAACUCUCCGCGCCGGCGACAAGGUUGACGACGUUCGUGAGUACUCCGGGACCGCCGGUCUGGGCUGUGACUGCUGUGAGAUCACCGGCGUGGAGGCCAAGAUGAAAGAUGGAGUCUUGAGGAUGAUUCUCUCAAGGGUCAAGGUGAAGGACCAUGACAACAAGUGUACUCACUUUCUGCCUCCUAACACAGGCAAAUCUGGAAGAUAUGAUAUAGGUGAUUCUGCAAUUGACAUGAUUGAAGUGGAGGAUCAUCCGUUUGUGGUGAAAGGUCGCAAGGGAACGUUCACUUCAGCACGAACAUCUGACGGAUGUUAUCACUUUUCUGUGGAUCUACCAGGUGUUUCUAGCGACGACAUAUUCGUGCUACCAAAUGAGAAUGAAUUCAAGUUCAUUGCUGAGAACAAGAUCGUGUACGAGCACGACGAGAGUUGCCGUAUUUUCAUUGGUGCCGUCAACAAGCGUACAUGUUGUUCCCAUGGGAUUCCACUUCUUGACCACAACAUCGCUUGGGAUGCAGAGUUUGGUGUUCUUAAAGUGCGUGUUUCACCUCCUCCUCUCAACAACAAUGAUCAGUAAUCAUCACUCUUAUGAUUGAACUAUGUCAGCUUGCGUCUGGUUAAGGUUUAUGGUCUAGUCUUCUCUUUCACUUUUUUUUUUCAUUUCUGGUUUUUAAUAAAUGUAUCUACGUGCACGUGGACUUUGUUGCAUGUGGUUUGUGUUUAUCAUCUUUUAUCGUUUAUGGUUAAGUACGUGUUUUAAUUUCUUCUACGUAAAUGUCAUCAAAAACAUGUCUGUAACGAGAUAUUUUAAUGGGCGUUUUCUUAAUACAACAAACUUUAAAUUGUCAUUAUAACAAAUAAAACUUUAUAAUAACUAAUACCAAGAAACCAUGCAAAAUAAAAAUUUAAAGUGUGAUAGAAUAAACAUCUAAAAAUGGUUGAAAACUUUACAAAAGAUCGAAUUGGUUAAAAAAAAAAAAGAGACGUUGCAUUGAGAGUCGAUCGUAUGUCUUUUGCCUUAUCCGUGUCUAUCGUUUCUCUUGCGUGUCGACUGCUAGGGCAGGUUUGUAUGGUCUUUCUUGUCUAGUUUUAAUGGAGGGUGAACUUUUAUUAAAAAUCUGGGUUAAUGUUUAUCUUUAUGUUUAAUGGUUAAGUGCUUUCGAUAUCAUCUCAUGAAUGUGGUCAAAACGUUUUCUUUGAAUCUACAUCGACAUAUUUAAGGGAUGUUUUAUAAAGUAGAAAACUUUAAAUUGUUGUCAAAAACAAACAAACCAAAAUCUAUAUUCUAAAAUAUAUAUAUUCUGAUUCUUCUUACUAAAAGGGGAAUGGGGGAGAGUGUCACAUCAUUUAAUUUAAUCCUCCAAUAAGAAACCACUAAUUUGCCAUGUCACAUUGAAUUUUAGCUUAAACCAAAUAAACACGUAAAGCGCCGUUCAAAUUCAUUAACAAAAUUGUAUUUGGACAUCUUUUUUUCCUUAACAAGUGCAUCUGCGACGUCUAAUAGAGUUCUCCUUGUGCGUUACGUUUCCAGCCUGGACCCUUCUCCGGUCUCUGCUCAUUUUUUUUAACGAAGUCUCCAUGGAUUAGCUGAAUCGGAGGUCCGUUUUCCUUCAAUAUACUUUUUUGGGAAAUUUAAUUUGUUUUGUCAUCCUAAAUCAUAUUUAUAUAAUUGUACAAUAUUGUAGUGAUUUUCUUGUAAUGUGUUACAAAUCGUUUCCUCACUUGUCUUUGAGGCUUUGUGUAUACAGCUUUGUAUCUUACUUCUACUUUGUACUAUGUUUAUAAUCCUACCAGUUGAAAAAAAAAAGAUUACUUCUGAGUUACUUUACGCCCAUCAUAUAUCAUGAUUAUAUUAUUGAAGAAACAGAAAAGUUGCGACUAACUUGUUUAUAAAUUUGUCUAUAAUUUGUGUAUGAUUUUAUGAUGAAGUUUAAUGGUUUUGCAAAGUAUUUUUAUUCAUUUGAGAUUUGACAUUCAAUAUCACACAAUUUAAAUUUGUUAUCAAGGGAACGAAAGGGGUGGUUAUUUAUACUUGACAAAUGAACAAAAUUGAUACCAUUUGUUCAUAAUUUGACAAUUUAGUUAUUCUUCAUUUGUUUGUAGUUUGUUAUCGAUGCCAUAAUAUGUUCUAUAUUUUAGUCAAAAACAAAUGUUUUUAUAUGAAUAAUUUCCUUAUAACCAGCAAAUAUCAUUUGACUACAUGAUCCAAACCAAAAAAAAAACUUAACAUAAAAAACAAACUUAUUAGUGAAAACUAAUUAUAUUUUGGGAAAAUUGUUUUUUUAGAGAAAAAAAAUGAUAACUAUGUCCUUUUAGACUAAUAUCUAUUUUGUGCAAGUUUUGUCUAUAAUACUCUUUAAUAUUUUUGAAAAUAAAUUUAAUAAAUAGUUUUAUAAACAAAUUUUUUUUGGAAAAAUAAUAACUAUUGAUAAAAUACCUAUAUGAACGUAGUGGUAUUUUUUCAGUUCUAAAAAAAGUUUAAAUCAUAAAUUUUAGAUUAUAUUCUAAAUAAAGUAGAAAUGACAUUCUACGAAGUAGAAAACGAAAUCCACUUUUUUCAUUGAAUCUACAAUGUUUAGAAUAUGUGAUCUACGUAAAUAAGAGUAUUCUAAAAAUAUUUAGAAUACACAUUCCACGCUUAAUCUACCGAUCUAAAAUCUUUAGAAAUCAAAAUCUACACAU